AUCAUUUUACUUUGUGCAUAGAGAUUGCCAAGGGAAGCAUGGAAACUGCUCAGGUGCUCAGAAUGAAAGCAGGGCACGGGGAGGAGAGCUAUGCCCAGAACUCCAAGUAUCAGACUGCCUAUAUCUCCGAGACUAUGCCCGUAUUACAACUAGCUCUCCUGGAUUUCUGUAGCACUGGUCACCUCCCGAACUGUGUGACAGUGGCGGAUCUAGGUUGUUCUUCAGGGCCCAACACAUGGAUGCCAAUCUCCGAGAUACUGAGCACCAUCCACAGACGGUACCGAGAAGAGGGCCGGCUGUCACCGGAGUUCCAAGUGUUCCUGAAUGAUCUCCCUUCUAAUGACUUUAAUGAUGUUUUCAAGUCCGUGUCAGAGUUCCUGAAGAAAAUGAGGGACGAGAAUGGAGCUGAUUUCGGACCCUGUUACGUCACAGGAGUUCCAGGGUCCUUCUAUGGCCGGCUUUUCCCCGAAAAGAGCUUGCAGUUUGUUCAUGCUGCUUCAAGCCUCCAUUGGCUUUCUCAGGUACCUCCAGAGUUGUCAGUGAGGUCCUCCAAGCGGCUGGUGAACAAAGGAAAAAUUUAUAUUUCGAAGACGAGUCCACCAGAGGUUGCUGAUGCUUAUUUGAACCAAUUCAGGAGGGACUUCUCUGCAUUUCUCAAGUCGCGCUCUGAGGAGAUAGUUCCAAGAGGGUGGAUUGUUGCACAGCUAAGGGGGAGAAGGACACCGGAUCCGUCCCACGAAGAGAGCUGCCUGCUAUGGGACUACUUGGGAAAGGCACUUCAAGAUUUAGUGUCAGAGGGAUUAAUAGAGGAGGAAAAGUUGGACUCUUACAAUGCGCCAUAUUACGAACCUUAUAUAGAAGAUGUGCAGGCCGAGAUAGAGAAAGAAGGGUCCUUCAUUCUGCACCGCCUGGAGAUCAUCUCAAUACCCUGGGACGGCGUCAAUGGAGGGCAGAAGUAUGACAGGGCCAAGACUGCGGAAAAGAUGGCUAAGGCGAUAAGGGCAGUCAAUGAGUCGAUGCUUCAGAAUCACUUUGGGGGCCAAGUCAUGGACCGUUUCUUUCAGAGGUUCAGCGAAAUCGUGGCUGCUGAUACAAAGGAAGUAGAACAUGUCAGCCUUGUGGUCUCUUUGAUACGAAAAUCUUGACGUGGUUAGUCACGUAAAACAUCCUGUCAAGCGAGAUUUUGCUGCAGAAAAUUACUUGGAAGCAUUAGAAGUCGGGAUUCAAACAGACUAAACAUCACCUGUUGCUGACAGUUGUGGCCGAUCGUUUGGCAGAAGGGGAUAUAGGAAGGAACUCGAAUGCCUCAGUUGAUAGCCAAAUUUUUUGCAUAACACAGAUUCCCAUUGUUCAAUGUAAAUCUGAGCCCAGUUUCUUGGAUAAUGAGCUCAGGGCCUCAGGGCUGAGCUUGCAAGAUAUAAGCUCAAGCUCAGAGUCGCCCGGCAAAUUAGCUCUUUCAGGCCCAAUCAAAAAUUCAUGUCCUCUUUUCUUUUCGUUAUCUUCAUGUACGAACCAGUUUCAUGAACUUCAAGAUCAUUUAAACA